GACGUUGGCGUAUCGGAUCGUGUGGACUUGGGUGCAAAGGAGCCUUGUACCCCACGAGGGAGGCUGCGGUGAAAAGAGCUGCCGGCCAACGUGGGGAAAAGGGGCGGGCGUGACGACACCUGACGGAGACGUCAUCAGAGCGCACCGGAAGGGCUGCAGAAUGAAGAAUAUAGUCUACCAUGGCCUACCUCAGAAAGAGGGGAAAGAAUGUGACGUUGAGCACCUGGGAGCCCAGCGGGCCGAGGCUUUCGUGAAGGCCUUCCUGAAGCGGAGCACGCCCGGCAUGAGCCAGCAGGCCCGGGAGAACCAGCUGCAUCGCAAGGCCGUGGUCCUGGAGUACUUCACCCGCUGGAAGAAAAGGGAUAAGAAGAAGAAAUCCAAAGGUCUGUCUGCCAGGCAGAGGAGGGAUCUGCGGCUCUUUGACAUUAAACCAGAGCAGCAGAGGUACAGUCUCUUUCUCCCUCUACAUGAGCUCUGGAAGCAGUAUAUCCGGGACCUGUGCAACGGUCUCAAGCCCGACACGCAGCCCCAGAUGAUUCAAGCCAAGCUGUUAAAGGCAGAUCUUCAUGGAGCUAUUAUUUCAGUCACAAAAUCCAAAUGCCCCUCAUAUGUGGGUGUCACAGGAAUCCUUCUCCAGGAAACAAAGCAUGUCUUCAAGAUUAUCACCAAGGAAGAUCGCCUGAAAGUUAUCCCCAAGCUAAACUGUGUAUUCACUGUGGAAAUAGAUGGUUUUAUUUCCUACAUUUACGGGAGCAAAUUCCAGCUGCGGUCAAGUGAGCGGUCUGCAAAGAAAUUCAAAGCAAAGGGGACCAUUGACCUGUGAGUGCCGUGCUACCUGUAGCAGCUGAGAACCGGAAACACCCCGAACGCCCACCUUGCAGUCAGGAUACUCUGGUUCUGGACCCUAUCCCGCCUGUGAAAAUGAGACUUAAGGACAUUUAAUUAAACAACAAGGGACGCCACGCAGGGUAUGGUGGGAGAAAGGAAGCGGAGGAAUUCCUAUUUCUAGAUGGUCUCCAUUCUGCGUUGCCCCCAUGGAGAGCGAAGACUGAUUGACUGGAAGCCUGGGGUUCUUAGGGUCCUUGUACUUCACAUUGCCCUGUGUCUUAUGGAGAGUUAGUUGUUUCAUAGUGAGGCACUCAUGUUGGCAUAAACAGACUGGACGUAGAGAAGUCUCCCUGCUAUUCACAACACCAGCCUGGAAGGGAAGAGAACCCAAAGUUGCCACCGGAAUGGUGCUUUUUGCCAUUUCUGGAAUCACCUACCACCAGGCACCGUGUGUCAGGGUGGCCCAGCGUGUCUGACAUGCUUCUCCAAACCCUUGCUGUUCCUGAGCUCUCGACCUAGUUAGCCACAGUUUACUUUGCUAUUUCAGAAAUGGGGUAGAUGCUAGAUGGCUUGGGCGUGGUCACCUCAGGAAUUCGAGCCGAGAUGGGCCAAAUAGACAAGAUGCCACAUCUAG